AUACGCAGUAUAUUAGCUACGAAGAAAAAAGUAUACCUUACUCUUGUUAGCUCUCCAGAAGGUGUUUAGUUGAUCUAUUUGUAGCUGCUAAUUAGAUCUGUCGCCGAAAACAUAAUUGUUCAUUUGAAACUUAUUGUGAGCAUAGCUCUACCGAAAAAAAAAUGUGAGCAUGAUUGAAAAUGCUAAAUUUGUCUCUACUGAAUGUGAAAAUUUAUCCUCCUACCGUUCCCAGAUCCUUGGCAGGUGAUUGGACGGCACAUCUCAAACAUCCCUCCCCUGCUGAAAGAGAGAUCGAGAGACAUGCUCGUUACUUGGGAGACAGAGGCCAUUUGAUCACCUCAAUCAGUGCUCCUGACAUUGCAUCUUCUGGCCUUGUGACAGAGCGAGAGCUGCGGCAUAUUCUGAAUCCGACCAAAAAAUACGACUUCAGUUUCGACAAUGAAAUCGCAGUGACUAAUUUGUUUUUCAGUGAGAAACAGAAACAGUUUUUUAAGUUCAAACAGAUCAUUAAAGCGCCUGACCCGAAAACCAUCCAACAUUUUCUCAGUUUUUUGCCCAUUUUUGCUAAAAUUUUCCAGUCUUUGGAGAAGUUUUUGACAAUAUGCAUUCGUUUUGAAGAAAAAAAUGACGAGUUGGCUGAGCUUAAAAAAGAGAUCAGAAGCUGGAAGGAAAAAAAUAGUGAUAUUGAGCUGGAAUUUGCAGUGGGCAGCGAAAGCUUCUUCUGUUUGGAGCCAAUGAGAAGGAGUCGUCAGAGGAAGGAAGAAGAAGAAAAGUUGAGAUUGCUUUUGGGAAGCAUGCUGAGAUCAUGUGGAGCUGACGAAGACUGCAUGUUGACUCUGCAGAGAAAAAACAUACUUCUCGGCCGACAAAAACUGGAUCUUGUUGAAGAUCUGGCAAAGAUAGCGAGCAGCUCCGAUAACCACAACGGUCUAAUAUCAAUUCCAAAUGGCCAAGACCUUAUUGGCAAAUGUGCAGAACGUGAAACGGAUAAGUAUGGAACGUUGAGUUGUGAAGCAGUGCGAAAAUAUAGCGGGGAAAUUGCAGAUUUCUACGACAAAGUAAUCAAAGCGAUGGCGGAUAAAAUGGGAGGAACUGCCGUCUAUUCAGUCUCUGAGAAGAUGCUGCAUAGCUACAUCAAGAUGGCAAAGGGACAUCGAUACGAGUUUGACUGGACAUUGUUCACGCACAACAGUGUGUUCUUCAUUGAAGUCAGUGAUGCCAAACAUCGUAAUAAAGGUCUAGAAGGGCCGGAGUUGCGGAAGCUGAAACAGAUAUUCACCACGAUCGUACCAUUUGCACUGCAACUCAUUCACUGUCUGAUGACACAGCCGUCUUUGAGUAUACCCAAGUCCACUCAUCGACACUUGAUUAAGAAUUUCCGUGACAAGUACCUGAAGGUAGUGGUAUUUGUGAAAGGCAUCAGCCAGAACCAGUGGCGCAACUUUAUCUGGUAUAACUCGCCGGGUGUCUAUAUCAGGUAUGAAGCUAUUGCCGAGAUGCCCUUCCGAAACGGAAAGUACCUUAUACCGUUCCUCUACAUUGCUGCUGUUGAUGAAGAAGCAAGGAGUGAUUUUCUGGCUGCGAAAGUGCACCAGAUGGAAAUCAGCAGAGAUAGCAGACACAGCCAGUGGUUCUACGGUAAACUGCAGGGGCCUCAGUGUACGUUGGAAGAGUGUCUGAGGACUGCACAAUUGCAGAAACAGAAGAACAGUUACGACAUGCAAGCACAUGUUGACCGAGAAGGGAUGCUGCUUAAAUGCAUGCGAUUCAUAUUCUCCCAGGCUGCACGUGAACACUAUGCCUGCGGCCUCAGCAAUCAGCAGCUGGACUUGAUCAAUGACCGCGCAAACCCCUUCAAGUUUAUCUUGGGCGAGCCAGGCACUGGCAAGUCAUACGUUUGUAUGGCACUAGCCAGAAAAUACAUGAUGGAGCUGAAGUUUGACAAGAUAUUCUACCUCAUUCCGAAAGAGAAGAGAGCAUGCAGAACCUUUGUGGAACGAUCAUUCCGCGACCACUUCGGAAUUGAUGUUACAGAUUGUGGCCACUCGCAGAAAAUUGUGAUUGCAGACUGCCAAAGAUCAGUUCUGGAGCAAUUGUUAGAAAAGGAAGCUGACUACUUUGGCCGAAAGAUGGGCCUGAUAAUUGACGAGUGCCUGGUGUCUUCACUGAAGGAGACACUUGAAUUGGGAGGAGGACUCUCUCUCCUAUUUCCCCAUUUCGACAUGGUCUGCAUUAGUGCUUCGGUGGGGGGUCAGAUGGAGUGCAAGCAGGGCCACUACGGACUCCUAUACCCCACUGGAUUCCACAGAUACGUGUUAAACGUCGGCUACAGAAGCUCUAGUAGUAUCCUCCUCUUCAACUCCAAGAUGCUGCACUCCAUCACCAGGCAGCACAUUUGCGGGAAAAGCAUCUGCUUAAUAUCCCCUCGGGUAUCCAAUGAAGACAACAUUAGGAUUGAAAUGGAAAGAGAUGUCGAGAAACGAAACAAGUUUGUGAACAGUUGGCGAACAAGUCUAUCGCUAUCGGACCCAGCAGAACAAUGCGUCAUUAUAUUUAGAGAUGGUUGCUCUAACUAUUCGCCCGAAAAAGGGACAGCACUCAAUAGUUACAGCAUCGCUACUUUUGUUAACGCGCCUGACGAUGGAAUUCAAAAUCUGCUCUUUUCAGGCAGCGAAUUUGAUCGUGUGCUGAUUAUUUUCGAUUCAAAUGCUAGUAUUCGGGACAGCACAGAGACGAGACUGAAUGAAGAGGAGCACCUGACAAAAGGACAGAUCUUCGGUCAAAACCUUCUCAUUGCCACAUCACGGGCAAGGAAGUCACUGACGUUUGUGGUCGCAAACGAGCAGCAAAAAGCUGAGCUGGAAAGUUUUAGAUCAGAUGAGAACAGCCAGUUGAUAGUUGCUCAAAUGAUUGGCAACGAGCAAAGAGAGCAGUUGUUGUUUGAGAGUAAGCUGAGCGGAAGAGUGGAAGACAUUUGUGAGGUGCUUCGUAUUUCAGUGCAUCGAGAGCACAUCCCAUGUCUGAACAGGUGCUUGGAGGCGAUUGAGAGGAGGCACAAGCAGAUGGGAGACGACUGCAAUUCCAACAUAUCAGUUGAGAGUGUGUUCGUGGCGGUUGUGUUGCCAGCCUGCAUUGGUAGGAAGAAGAGCGAACACUUUCUCGGCCAACUGGGACAAUUCGUCAAGAGUCGUCGCCACAUGGCUGACAUGAUAAACGACUGCUCCAACACAGACGCUGAAGACAAGUUCACUCGCUGGACUCUAUCGGCCUACUGCCGAGGACGAGUGGAGGCACUGGAUUGGCGCAUGCAAUUCCCUGCUCCAAAUUUACCAGCUGGAACAAAAGUGACUUUGUUCAAAGGACUAUUGACUUCAGCUAUGAGGGAAGGUUCGCUAAAAGUAGUUGAGCAUGCAUUUGAAAAGGCUUCCAAGUUCUUAAAGGUUCCAGCUGAUGAUAUAAGCGGCUUGAUCGUGAGCCAGAGUUUUGACAUUGACUUAAUUAAACAGCAGUCGCUUCUGUCCAUUGCAACCCGGACCAACAAAGACCACGAAUUAGUACGAUACUUGCUGACUAAAAUGCGUGAAUAUGAUGAGAGUAGUAAAAAUGCAAAUAUGAGAGCAAACAUUCUGAAACAAGCGAUCGAGUGGUCUGUACAAUACCGAUCCUUCCUGAUGCUCCGAACACUCAUUGCAGAAAAGAACGAGCAGCACUUUGAUCUUCUGGUAGAACUUUUGAAGGAGCUGAAUCUGCAGCCACCAAGAACAGAAGCGUGUGAUAUUGUAAUCGGUUUCAUUGCACGAGUUGAAAGAUUCGCUGAAUGGACAGAGAAGAAUAAAGGGAGAUGGAAGAGUGAGGAAGAGACGAAGCUGAUCGGAUUCAUCCGAGACCUCAGCCGCAGACUGCAGAACACAACUGCCCCCCAACCAACUACUUCAGCACUCUAACUUAUACAAUUGAACAACUUGUAAUAUUGACAUGUAGAUUUGGGUAUAUUUUCUUAUUAAUUACAGCAAUUAAACAAAUUAUUUCUCGGCAAAAACUAAACAUUUUCUCGGCUAUCAAAUAUUGUACAUUUUUCGUGUUGUAUUUAUUGUAAAUAAUUUU